AUGAGCGAACCAACCGGCCUGAUUGCCAAAUCCGGCAUUGAGCUCUUAACUUUCAGCACACCCAAUGGGUACAAGGUCUCCGUCCUCCUCGAGGAGCUCAGGGAGGCCUAUGGGAAACCCUACACCUUGCAGGCCAUCCACAUAGGCAAGAACACGCAAAAGGAGCCCUGGUACACUGACCUGAACCCCAACGGGCGCAUCCCCACCAUCGUCGACCACGACCGCGGAGGCUUCGCCGUCUUCGAGGGCAUCGCCAUCCUGAACUACCUGGCCCGCCACUACGACCCGGAUCACCUGUUCAGCUUCCCCGUCGACUCGGACGACUACAGCGUCGCCGAGCAGUGGAUGGGUUGGCAGCACGGCGGGCUCGGACCCAUGCAAGGCCAAGCAAACCACUUCCUCCGCUUCAUCAAGGAGAAGAUCCCCUACGCAACCCAGCGCUACGUCGGCGAAACGGAGCGCCUCUAUGGCGUCCUGGACGCGCGCCUGGCGGGUCGCGACUAUGUCGCCGGCCCCGGCCGCGGCCGCUACAGCAUCGCCGACAUGUCCAUACUCGGCUGGGCCAACAUGACCCUCGCCUCGGGGCUCGACGACUUCGCCGCCCAGUUCCCCAACGUCCAAGCCUGGCGCGACCGCCUGCUCGCCCGCCCAGCCGUCCAGAGGGGCCUCGCUGUGCCCAGCCGGAGUCCGUUCGGCAACGCCGAGUUCGAGAAGCGGCUGGCGGAUGACGAGGAUGGCGCUAGGGAGGCGCAGGAGCAGGUGAAGAAGUUUCUCGAGGAUGCGAAGGCGCAGUACAAUUACAAGUAUGCGUCGCCGUAA